ACGACCUACUUUGGGGGAGCGACGGGAUAAAGUUUCCAUUUCUUAUCAACUGCGCCAGCAGUUCUUAGUUAGAAAACGGUCGUAGCUACCUAUGACUUUUGUAGCAGAAAGCGAUGAACAGCUAAUCAUAGUGACAGGACCCAACGAUGAGGCCUUGGCAGACUUUCGGUCGACGUUGACAGCUGUGGCUCCGGACACUAAAAACAGGAUAAAAGUACUUCUAAACAAUCAGCUGCGUAACUCAGGCGUAGACUUUCGCAAACGUCACGUCAAGUGCUUUCUGGUGAUGCCACGUGCAAGCCGCACCUUCGUCUACAUCAAGGGUGAUGAAGCUAGCAUGUCUACGGAACUCGAUCACAUCUGCUGCGAUGAAAAUAAUCAAUGGAACAUCGAACGAGUCUUAGUUGUACUGUAUCGAAACAAAGAAAUUGAAGAAAGUGAAGAUUUGUACGACCAACAGAUCAACUCAUACUGGAAGGAAGGACUCCAAAAAGAACUCGAGCAGUUCGCAAACGUAGACCAUCUGAUCAGCUUCAAGAGCACACUAAACAAACGACAGCAAGAUGCUCUUUGCCAGUUUUUACAAAUAGAAUCAUCUUUUUGUCAACCACAAUCUGAAAAACAACUACAACAGUCUACUCUGUAUACAGCAGACGAAGAACCAAAAAUUACAGAAAUCAUUAGCGAUGUUCCUAGUGUCAAAGUUAACUCUUCUGUAUUACGCCGAUCAGAACAAGAGGAUGUUUCGUCUAUUACAGUAGCCGAAGCCAAACCACAAGAGACGAGUAAAACUGAUGCUGCAGCAGAACAGAACAGAAAUUCACAGACACAAUUGGAGCAAAUAAGAAAAGAACUUGACGCUUUAAAGCAACAAAUCGAUAAACUAAUGCAACUUCAGCCUCAAAUUGAUGCUUGGACACAAUUGGAGCAGAUUAGGAAAGACUAUGACGCUUUAAAGCAACAAAUUGAUAAACUUCAAUCUCAAAGUGAUUGUAGUGCAGAGCAGAUUACAGACCUAACCCAAUCAACAAAUAUUCUAUUCGAAAAUUAUAAAAGAGCAGAGAAUGACAAUUUCUCUAUACGUCAGCAAAUAAUUGAAAUUAUAGAACCUGUACAGCAGCUAAUUCAGAGGCAACAGCAAUCAGAUGUCACACAACAGGAAUCAGAAGUCACGAAUCAGAAACUGGAAGUCAGGCAACAAGAACGAAUGCUCAGGCAACAGGAACCGGUCAGGCAACAGGAAUUGGAUAAAACAACUUCAACCACUGAUCUUACAGAUUCAAGUACAGAGGAUCAAAAUGAUGAUGAAUCUUGUUGCUCUGGUUGUGUAAGCUCGGGUUAUUACCGUAAAAGCAGUAACUUGGAAAAGAUGCCUAAAACGAAAUAUGUGGGCGGAGAGUUUGAAUUCAUUUCGUUGCAAUCGCUUCAGUAUAGACAGGGUCCAUGCAAGGUUGUGAACGCACAACUGCGCAAAUCUAGUACAUACUACAUCAUGGGAAACUCUUCGAGCAAACCCCAACAAGAAGAACAGAGACAUCAACCAGAAAUACACAGAAGACCACAGCAAAAAGAGCAAUGCCAACGAGAAGAGAGGCGUCAACAAGAAGAGAGAUCACGCCAGGAAGCGCAGAUAAAACAACAAGAACGACAAGAACAAGAAAAGCAACGCCGACAAGAACAGAGACGUCAACAAGAAGAGACACGCCGCCAAGAAGAAAUGAAGCGCCAACAAGAAGAAAAAGAAGAAGAAGAAAAAAAACGACUACUAGACGAGAGACGUCGUCGACUAGAAGAACAAACAAAAAUAAACGCAGAAGAAGAACAUGAAUUAGAAAAGAGACGCUGCCUCAGACGGCAGAGAAAACAAGAAGAAGAAGAAGAAGCAGCAGCAGCAGCAGCAGCAGCAGCAAAGGAACGCCAACAAGAAGACAGACGACGACAAGAAGAGAGACGCCAGCAAGAAGAACAGAGAAGACAACAAGAAAAAGAAGAAGAAGAACAACGUCAACGAGAAGAAAGACGUCAACAAGAAGAGAGACGCCAGCAAGAAGAACAAGAAGUAGACAAAUUAAGAAACGCUGUGAUUAACCUAUUUUCUGGCCAGCAGUUGCUACUAAUUGGACACUCUGGCGUUGGGAAAUCGUCUUUUAUUAACACUGUAAACCACGCCUUCAAUCUUGUUCAGCCAAGGUUUCCUUACCAGGAAGUGGCGGAGAUGAGCACAAAAGAAUCCCUACACGGAACACUUAUCUACCGCACGUACGGCCCUCCAAAUGUGAUGUAUACAGCAUUGCAAGAGAGUGAAUUUUCAGCAAAACAAAAGAGUGCCCCUACAUUCUUUGACGUCGCUGGAGUCACUGAUAAGAUUGUAAAUGACUUCGAUCUUAAACAGUUUCUGAUCUAUCUCAUAAACGGCCAAGUAAGAGAAUAUACUCACAUGGUAAAGAUCUACAACAAACUACAGGACGUAGAACAAAUGAAGAAACAAAGGAAAGUAAAUAGCCAAAGAGCGUGGUCAUUAUUAUGCAUAGUUUCUGUUGCUGACGCGUUUCCGGUGAAGCUCCUUACUCACGUUCGCGAGGCUCUGAAAGAAUUACAGGAACACCCGAGAGACGGAGCAAGAGUUUUUGUGAUUCUUACAAAAAGUGACGAAUUGGACAAAGAAGACCAAAAUACGAAAAUAGAAGAGUACAGAAAGAGAUGUAUGGAAAAUUUGAGCGUUGUGGAAACGCGAAUUUUUAAGGUAGAAAACUUCAUGGUGAACGAAUGCAGAGAUGACCUAAGUAUGAAGAGGAAUCUAGAAAAAGAAAAGCAAGUUCUGACUGCUCUAUAUCAUAUUCUUCAACCAUGUCACAAACCCCCCUUUCUUGAGCAAUAAGAAGAUUGAGAGCUGACAAUAGUAUUUUGGACUGAUUAGAUGAAAUGUUAGAAGAUACAGCACUUUGUCUGAUAAGACAAUUUCAUGGAAAGUACACUGUACGUACAAGUAUUGUAUGCCUACGUAGAUAAUGCGAUUUUUUUUGUUAUCAGCUAUUGCACACUGCUAAAUGAAA